AUGACAUUUUGCAUUCUCAUCACUUAUCUUUCUACUUGUCAUAUUUUACCUGAGCCAAAAACAGCUUCUGAAGCUUUGCAAAUACCUGAGUGGGAAGCAGCAAUGAGUGAUGAAUUUCAGGCACUUUUGAGAAACAAUACCUGGGAAUUGGUUCCUCAUACAUCGGACAUGAACGUAGUUGGGUGCAAAUGGGUCUUUAAGACCAAACUUAAAGCUGAUGGGACAUUAUUAAAGUAUAAAGCAAGGCUGGUGGCUAAAGGUUUACCAAGCUUGGAUUACUUUGACACAUUCUCUCUAGUUGUGAAACCAGCCACCAUUAGAAUCAUACUGUCCUUAGAUAUCCAUAAUCAGUGGGAUAUCCAACAAAUCGACAUUAAUAAUGCCUUCCUCAAUGGAGAACUAACAUAG